AUGAAACAGGCUAGGCUUGUGUCGUUUUCAACAAAAUCACCCUUUCUGCUCAGUACUAGGGCGCUGCGUUCGUGGUGCUGUUUUGUUUGGCCGCUGGAAGAGGAGAACGCUACGCAAGGAGGCGUCGUGAGGGAGGUCAUCAAGGUGUUGGAAGGUCUAUCCAAACCUCCUCUGCAGGCUCAUCUCGGCUUAAGUAGUCUUUCUGAAGCCCAGCCAGGAGGAGAUCAUAUCACGUGUUCGCCGCACGCUAUCAUGGAGCUGUCCGCGCUGCCUGGUCCCGCCGUUGACAGCGCGUGCUGUCGCCAGUGAGCCGUAGCGGGAUGUUGUGCGGCGAGUUCUCGAGCCGAGCAUCGCCCCUCAGCCUGAGCCUGCACCUGAGCCUGGCCGACACGCGCAGCCCCUACUUCACUCUGCUCGCCUUCUGCCAGGGCAUG